ACAAUGCAAUGCACAGAAAUCACUCAGAGCUGAUCUGCUGAAGACAGAACAGCUAUGCCAAAAUGCCCAAACUACUGUUUUCAAAGAUGCGAAUAUAUGAAUUCAAGGAUCUCAUCCCCAGUGGACGGAAGCCAAGAAAGCUCAAUGUUCUCCUGAGCAGACAGGGACAAAAAAACAAAAUUAGAUGCAUCUUGGUGCGUAAAAUUGCAGAAAAUUCUCCAUGUGACAAUUACAGGUCUAAGGAUAAUAGUGGCCACACAGCGUCUCUGGGAGAGCUGUUGAAGAACAGAUACUACCUCGCAGCUUUCAGGGAAUUCCUUCAGUCUGAGUUCAGUGAGGAAAACAUUGACUUUUGGCUGGCGUGUAGAGACUACCGAGACUUCACGCCACCGGCCUGCCGUUUCCUGAGGGCCACGGAGAUCUACCAAGAGUUCCUCCAUCCCACAGCAGUGAAGGAGGUCAACAUUGAUCAGUGCACUCGUGACAAGGUCAAAAAGUCGAUGGCUGAGGCCAGCCCGCUGUGUUUUGAUGAGGCUGCAGCGCACGUAUUCAGACUGAUGGAGAGCGACUCCUGGCCACGCUUCCUGCACUCAGUGCCUGUGGGCGUCUGAGGGCAAGAGGCCCUACCUCAGCUCACCUCACCUCACCUCACCGAGUAAAUGCCAAUAACUCUGAGGGCUCCACUCAUGGCAGAGCUUCCAGACAGCAGCGAGCAUGACUGCAUGAGGAAGGAAGUUGGUGGCUGACACACACGGGGGGGCCUGAGGAAAUGACUCGGCGGUACAGAAAGCAAAAUGGCCCUCUGCAGUGCGCAAGUCGGGGCCUUAUCACAGAUCUCAGAUAUAGAUAGAGCGGUUAUGACAUCAUCCCUGGUCUUACACCGCAAAAUGCGAAAUGCUUAGCUUUUCGGUAUGCACACCUAUAGGAACGAUGUUACACAAAGGCCAGCCAUGGUUAGAUGACAUAACUUUAUUUUUUCUAUUACUGGUCCCCCAGAGAUUCAUAUUUUUAUUUAGCGAUUUAGAAGUUUCAAUUCCCAUAGUAGCUUUAGUUGGCAAAAUAAAUCCUGUGUCAGCCAUUCACAAAUGGCCAAAAAUGCCAUUUCUAAAGAAGUCUUGUGACACUUACAAAAUCAAGUUAAAAUGACAUAGCUUGUAUAUAUUUUAGUCACAUGACUGAUGCCACUAAUUCAUGUUGAGCCCAUCACGCUGGUGGGGACCAUGGCGUCAUGAAAGGGGAAAAUUAGCUGCAUCAACCUUCAACCCUUUUCAGCAAAAAUGGCUUCCUCUUGUGAGUGAGGAGCCUUUAAAAGGCAAUCUUAAGGAUCUAAAAAUAAAUGUCAGACUGACCCAAAAUUCCACCCGCAGAUUUAAUGUCAUCAGGGCAGUAAGGCGUGUAUAAUCUCUCUGAAUGUGCCUCCUUGUUAGGAAAGACAUGGCACAAGCAUUAGUUUUCACGGCUACCGUGACAAACGUUUCUAUGCUUUCCCUUCAUUACUGCAAAAAUAUUUGUUUCCUAACGAGAAGUAAUUGUGAGUUUAUUGUGUUAACCAUGAAAUAAACAGCUUGCUUGAAGUGCA